GCUUUGUACUCUAGAGAUUUUGGAAAUUAAACAAAAUAAGACAUUUUUUUUAGAGCAGAGAGCAUAAGAGGAAAACGCAGAAGCAGAAAAACCUUCACCAUUUUAACCACUGUAACAGUCCAAACAGUUACAUGUGGUUUUCACAUACAAGUAUAUAGCUUAUGAAGAACUAGCUUAAAUGAUCCCAAAUACAUUCGUAUUACAUUUCAACUGUAUGAAAUUCAUACCUUUGGGGAAGGUGCAGAUGAUUUUGAGCAGUUUAGUUCUAAAAUGGUAUGUGUUGGGAUAUAAGUAGGCAAAAUAUUUGUCUUUGUGCCCUUACCAUUCCUGAUAUAGACAUUCUAUCACUGUCCAUUGAAACAAAUGAUAGCUCAGAAGGUGACAAGUCGACCGAUCUCCGACCAAAGUUGGAGGAUUCAAAACUAUUAGUCUCAAAUUCUGAGAAGCCCGAGAGCCGGGGAGGGGUAGGACCAUCUUCAAAGCUGUCAUUGUACGAAGGGAAACAACUGUCAACACUCGCCCUACCAGAACUCACAAAAGAUAUGUCAUUAUCCGGUCUUGAGAGUUCAUAUGGUUUCCCAUUCGGUGCUCUCCUGUGAGUGAACGGAGACCUGUUGCAAAUAUUGCCUUCCAAUCAGGCCCUGGAAUCCAAAACUACUUAUAUGAUCUUGAAAUCUGAUUCCAUAGUCUGACUUACUUUAUAUCAUUCUUUAACCUGGCAGAAGACGGUUCGGAUAUAGAUCUUGAAUCUCCAGGAUGUUCAACAGCUGCAGAAACUAAAGUCCCUGCUGCAUUUGGUUUGGUGGAAUCCAGCUGGUGACGGAGAGGAUGGGUGAAUGGCACCGGACGAGAAGCAGACCGGGUAGAAGAUAUCUUUCCAGUUUUCGAGAUCACAUAUACAGUACAGAAAUCAGGUACCCCCUUCAACACAUUUCCAGGGAUAUCUUUUGCUUUAAAUCUUCUAGGCAAAAAGGAAACUGAAAUUAGAGCACUUCUGAACAUGUUUAUGUGUGUAUAUACAUAUGGACUCACAUCAAACAGUCUUGCUGUAACAUACGGAUUGUAGGAGUUGAAGGCUCAAUUCACUAUGAAAAUGCAUAAAUACCUGAUAAGACCGCCUUUAGCAGCAGCACCAAGAAUCAAUAUCUCGACUCCUACGCGGUUUACAUAUUCAACAAUUGCCUUAACAGGGUCUAAAUCCUCUAACAAAACUUCAUGACAUCUUACCUGCACAUUGCUAUGAUUUAUGCGUAAAUCGUACUCAUAUAUAUGCUGUAAACAGAGCAGGUCAACGCAAAAGAACUGACAUCUUUGCGCGUACAAUAGACACGGAAGGGAAGAAAUAGGUCUUUUGACUGUGGAUCCAUUUCUCUACUUGUCAAUCCAUUUUCGUCGUAUACGCCGUGAUCCUGGUUUG